UGCUCUGUUUUCUUUUCUCCCUGCAGCCGAACAUCACCAGCCAUUUCCAGCGCCUCCACCUGAAAAAUUGGUAAGAGAACUUGAUGAUUUUUGUUCUCCUCUUGCCCAAGAACAAGUCUAGGACUUAGAAAUCCUCUCUCUUGCAGAGAAGCCACCGGAUCUGCUGUCUUCUCCCUUCCCCUGCCGCCGGCUGUUGCUGGGUACAAGUCUUGGUUUUUUUGGUAAAAUCAGCCCAUAAACUCCUCUUUUCAGCCUUAAUUUAUGUGGGUUCAUCUUAAUUUUGUUCUAUCAAUUGCUAGAAGUCUGCGUGAAGCUCCUCCAAUUCCCGUCGGUCCUCCCAUACCCGUUGGCUCCAACUUUGCUUGUUGGGAAUUUUUGCUUCACAAUCCAACACUGUUGAAGUCCUUAGCUGCUUCCACACCUGAAAAUCCCGAGGUUGUUUCUUCGGGGAAAACACUCCAACGCUCAAGUCAGCAAUACUCAAUGCCCAUUGGCCCUCGUGAUGCUGGUCACGUGGGUAUGCUUGUACCGAUGCUCCUUCAGCUUGGGCUAAUAGGUGCCACGGGGCAGCGUUGUUGGGCCUAUUCCAUUCCAAACGGAUUUAACAGCUUGCGGCCGACCUCGACAAGGGGCGAGCUGAAAGGUAAAACUAAAAGAGGCGAGCUUGCAAGCUUGAAAACGUGGGGGCGAGCUGGUAUUCACGGCCACAUUAGUGUGGGCCGGUCAUGGCGGCGAGCUGAAGUGAUUCGCAACAAACGAGCUCGUUCGGGGACCAUCCAUGCUUGUAACACCCGAUCAGCUCGUCUUUGUGACGACCUGAGCUUGGAGCACCACCGAAGUAAAAUGGUUUCAUUGAGAGAGCUUACAGAGCAACGAGGUAACCAGGGCAGAGAAGGAGAGGAGGAAGGGGUUUUGGCCGUGGAGCCUAUCACUAUGAUAGUGCCACCGGAGUUGCAGGAUGUACCGGAAACAAUGGCGUCUGAGAGCAGCGCCAGUUCCAGCGCCAGCGACAACGAUGGCAACCACCCUAGUGCACCGUCAAGCAGCUCGUCUACUGAAGAGACACCCAGCCGUGAAGAAGGGAUGGGGGAUGUGGUGAGCAAUGUCUCAGAUCGGCCGGUGAUUGGGGAAUGGGAGGGCGUGACGAUCCCGGGCAGGUUGAGCAACCUGCGAAAAGCACCGAAGGGUCUGCCCGCUGGAUUCAGGUUCAAGGCUGUACUUCACCACGAAGUGGCAGACUGUGCGCCCUCCAUAAGUGGGUAUAAACGACUGGAGGAAAUGGUGAGGGCGUACCAAAUCCCCAAGACCAUAUUGCUGCGGACAGGCAGGCAGAACGAAAGAGCGUGCACCGUGUCACAGACGGGCUGGAUACCAGUGUACGUGGAUCACUUUGACGCCGGCCUGCGAUUUCCCCUGCCCGGAUUGGUGUUCGACCUACUGGCGGAGUACGAGCUGGCGCUAACGCAGCUGACGCCCAACAGCAUAAGGUUCAUUAUUGGCUUUAUGCUGUUGUGUGCGCAACUAGAGGUGCCGGCCAAGGCUAUCGUGUUCAGGUCGCUAUUUCAGUGCCGGCUGUGUCCUAACUCCAGAGGCGCUAAGUGGUACUACCUCUCCGGGAGAGACAAAAGCCAACUGUUCAAGAACGUCAGGAAUAAAGUAGCGAGGUGGAAGAGGCAAUUCGUAUUUGUUCGCGAUACGCGAACAGAGAGGAUAAGCAACGACCUCGCUGCCCAGCUGUCAGAAUGGCGCACGCCAAGCGUCCAUAUUAAUUACCCCCAGCUGCUGCCCCGGGACGUCGAUCUGAAGAACCAGCUGCUUGAGUAUGCACAGAGGGAGGGUCUGAUAGAUUUAGAAGCCCUGGUUACCUCGGAGCAGCUCGCCUUGUUCGGGUUUGUCGAUGUGACAAACCUGUUCGCAGAAGGAGAAAUGAGCAGCAUCUUGGAACGCCAGCGUCAACGAGCUCAGAGUUCGCGAGGCCGCGGGGCGAGCAGCACCUCGCAAAGGCAAACGCGGUUCGAUGAGCGGCCGCCCCCAGCUCCUCAGUCGCGCAAUUCGUCCCAGCGUGGAUCCAGCUCAGCCUCUAGGCCGCGAGCUGAUCAGAGGGUCGAGGUGGCAGCUCCCAGCGCCCGUAGGCGCGCACGCGAGGAGACAGAAAGCGAGGAAGACAAGCUGCCCCUUGCUCGGCGCAGAACAAGCGGAGGGGCUCAGCCUGCACAGGUGGCUCGUCCCGCGACCGUGCGUUCACCAAACGCGUCGUCAUCGUCUGUGCGGGCAGCGGCAGAGCUUGCUUCCUCAACAGCCUCCGCGUCGGGCCCCAGGAUUGCUUAUCCUGAAGGCUUCAGCUAUAUACGAGCGGAGUGCCAGCCCGCCAUGGUGCAAGCCAUGCACAGUUUCGUGCCACCCCUGGAUAGCAAGCGGGCAAAGGCCUUUGUGCAGCAGCAUGGCGGGCAGGUCGCCAUGAUAAAAUUGAUGGACGCGUUCAGCUACGCGGUAGCACUGUACGAGAGCAAGCAGGCGGCUCGUACAGAGAACAGCGAACUAGGUUCGAAGUGCAAACAGUUGGCUGCUGAGAAGGCCAGCCUUGUGGACGAUGUGAAUCGUCUGCAAGGUUCUGAAAUGGCGAACCGAGCUGCGGCUGCUGAGAGCAAGGCGGACGAGCUCGCCACCAGGAACAAUGAGCUCAUGGAGGAGUUACAUCGAGCUCGAGCUGAAAAAGAGAGCGGCAUCCAGGUAGCCAAGGAUGAGACCGCCAGGGCCGAGGAGCGAGCUAAGAAGGCCAAGGUCGAUAGGGACCACGCUCAACGCGAGCUGGGUUCCCUUAGACAUCAGGUUGCCGAGGCUGACAAAAACCUCUCUGCUGCAGAGGAGGCGCUGACCAACCUGAGGGCAUCCCAUGUGCGCUCUGUCAGCAUUGCUCGAGCCCAAGGAGCAGAAUGGCUGGUCGGCUCGCCUGCGUUCCAAGACGCAGUGGCGAUGGCGUCUGCUAACAUGACCACAGAGAUCUACAACGAGAUCCGUGGUAAAGUGCUGCACCACCGCCCUGACUUCCCCAUCCGCGAGCUGGCGUUCUUCGAUGGGGAAAAUAUCGAUGAGCAAGGUAAGAGCCUUGCUCCCCUGGCCGACAUGACGGUGCGGUUGAGAUGGGAUCUCAACGAGGAGGAGGUUCUCGUCUGGCCUCCCUCUGUUGUAGAAGAGGGGGAGGACCCUGCGAGGCUGCCUUCCUUUGACGGAUGGGUGGAAGGGGCUCCUGUUGCUGAGCAGGAGCCAUCCAGUACUCCACCUGACUCUCAGCCCGCCGAGGUGCCAGCUCGAUCUCCCGCUACGGCACCAGCUUCUGAAGUCGCUGCUCGCUCGCCACCAAGUCGCUCCUCUCCGCCUGCAGCUGACGCGUCCAUGCCCGUCGAUUUGACGGAUGAUUAGACUUAGGACGUUUUCUUUUAUUCCAUUGUAUUUUCUUUUGCAUUUUGUAUUUGAUCAAUGAAUUCAUAGCAUGUAC